GAUGACGGUGACGAUUCAAUUCACCUUGACUCUAAUUUCGUCACACAGGAUGUACAUGCUGGCAUACAGUCAGUGUUCCAACAAUUUCGGCGACUGGCGCGGCAGGGUGAGUGAAAUUCUCGAACAAAACUCGUUGAUUCAACAUAACGACUCCCACAGUUGCCUUAUCAUCUACGACACACUUAAUUGGAUGGGUGAGGUUGUAAAUGUAAUACUGGGCGUCAUCAUGAUCGCUCGGUUGCAUGCCAUGUAUCAGAGAUCUAGAAAGAUCGGUUUCUUCUUUUCGACACUCUCAGCGGACAUAUAUUCCCUGGACCCUCAGAUUUAUCUUGGUCUCGCUGAGAUAUUCCAGGUCGUGCAGAUGUUUGUGCUAGGACCACGCCUCAUCCUCGGUGUUGGAGAAUAUCACGCUGAGCUCGUGGCCAACUCUAAUACAGCAACCGCAAUGACUUCAAUUGCUUUUCAGGAGCGCGUCCAUCAGAUGGUCCAUGUAUCAAAUAGCAGUAGGAGCGGGAAAAUGCACAUUUACUGUGAGGUUGUUCAUUCAAAGCGGCUUGCCACUUCAGGAACGAGAACAACGGACAUGGAUGAGGGUGAUGGAGAUGGCAGCAACAAAGCAAGUGCAUACUACCGCGACAGUUGCAACAUUUUCACGAUGCCCGCGUCCAAGCUAAUCGCAUUGGCAAAGACUCGACGGUUAGGCGGCUUACUACGGCCUUGCAAGGGUGUGACAGUCUCACAGGUGCUUGUUUCCGCAUGCUGCACUUGCAAGAGGCGAGAGGUCAGCGAGAGGUUGUGGGAGUUGCGUGAGGCGCUUGCAGGUCAACCGGUCAUCUGCAGCGGUCUGCAAGCAAGGAAUGCACUGAGUGUGACACGAAUUUACUGGUAUACCUAG